GCACAUUAGAAACUGUUAUAAAUAGUCUCGGACCUUUUAUACUCUGAAAAUCUCAAGAAGAAUCCUGAAAACAUCGCCAACUUUAGAGGAGUGUUGCGCACAAGAUGCUUCCGCAGAGCGGGCAAGACUCAGCCAUGGACUUCCCUCUCUCGGCCGGAGCUCAGUUCGGCUCCUUGUGCGUCAACACCAACUCUGCUACGCCUUAUUCCGACGCCACUCAGACGAAAAAGCAUCCAGUUAACCACGUCAAGCGUCCGAUGAACGCAUUCAUGGUUUGGUCUCAGAUGGAACGAAGGGAAAUAGUAAAAUUUGCACCCGAUAUGCACAACGCGGAAAUAUCUAAACAACUUGGCCGAAGAUGGAAAAUCUUAACAGAAGAACAACGGAAGCCAUACAGAGAAGAGGCAGAGCGUCUAAAACAACUCCACAGUAGGGAAUACCCUGACUAUAAAUACCGACCUCGGAAGAAAGGAAAAGAUCCUCUCAAAACUAUCAAUGACCGUCAUGGAGGGAAAAUUUCAAAACUGUCUAAUAUUGGCAUGAUGCUCAAAGAUUGCGUCAAGUCAGAACUGGGGAGCAUGGAGCGGCCGAGAAUGGGUGUGUCAAAUUGCCCCAAAGGGAACGGGGCGGAUGAAAUAGAUUCAUGGUCUCUUCCCCUAACCCCCACUUCUCCUCAUCGUCAACCACCCGCAAGCCCAUCGGCAGAACUUCCCGAUUCCCCCGAGAGUGCUUUUGGUUUUGAAGAUCCGUCUAAUAGGACCUGCAAGCCUCCAACAAUCGGCCAGUCUAGUCCCAGUUUUCAUAAGCCCCAUAACAACAGAAAUCAAGAUUAUUUCUAUAAAAUCAACUACAAUGGCUUCGUCAAGCCGACAAAUCCUUUUGCGAACGGAGAGUCAAAUGCACCCAUGAAUAUUUGUGAAAAUGUAAAAAUUGAAGCAGAUACGUCGGCGAGUUGGUCAUUCAAAUCGUUACUUGGUUCGCCCAAUUCUUUUUCAGCACAGGAAGAUUACCGGAAAAAUUAUCAGGUAAUGGAUAAGCAGCCGGUGGACACUUCGCAACAAGCGAACAGAAGUUCCUGCGCUUUUGCAUCGACUCCUAAUCAUGGAAUGGUUGCUUCGUCUUACGGCCCACACUAUUUCAAUUCUACCGAUCAAGCGAUGCCGCGAACUGUUUUGGGAUCUUCUGCAUGUUCAUUACAGAAAGUUCAUAGUGAACACCAAAAUCUUUCCGAUGAAAAUCAUCAAAGUUCCCACUUUUAUCCAAGUAACCCUAGACGUUUCGGUCAUUAUGCUGAUUAUAGUCGUUAUCACCCGUAUAAGCUACCUCAAACCGAUUUCCGCUAUAACCACCAAUAUCACUCGUCAACUCAUUACCCCAACCAUUUGACACAUUCAGAGCAGCACCAACAAACACAACAAUAUUUCAAUCUGGACAGUGACCCUCAUUACCAGACAGCUUGCCAAUCAGAAUAUAUGUCUUCUUCACAUACAAGUAAAGCUCAUGAAUCCUAUGACGUGGCUGGCAAUAAAUCCUGCGAAGUGUUUGUCGCGGAAAAUCGCCUAAUAAUGACAGCAGAAAAUUCACCAGCUGCCUCACAACCCCCACACCAUUCCAACCCUGCAACUGGAGAAGCAUCGAAUCAUGUUUCUGUGGCUGAUAAACCUGCCAUAAAAACAGAGCCCAAGGAGAACGGUGCUGCAACUCUUGAUGAUUUGGAUAAUAUUGGAGUGACCGAAUUGAUCCCGAUGAGCUCAGAGUUCACCGUGAAGCUCGAGUCUCUGGAGGAAAAUGAUCUAAAUUACCAGAAGUCUAAAGAAGAGCAAUGGUUACGUGUGAAUCUAAAUUCCGCGACGUCUUCAAAUGUUUUAGCAGAUUUUGAAAUCAUGAAUGCAUGGAUCAAUUCAUAAUUUAUAGACAUUGGUUGGGUCAUUUUAAAAUAAACGAUAACUGAGUGAGUUUGAGUUAUCUUCAGCAGUUACUGUUUGCCGAGGAAAUAUCAGCAAGAAGUUUACGUGAUAAUGAUAAGCUUAGUUACAAGGCAAAAGUUCACAAUCAUUGUUCAGUGUUUUCACUUGGAUCGCCAGAAUAUUGUCAGGUGCAAUUUUCUCGCCGCUUUGUUCAAUGUUCAAAUUAAUAAUUACUGCUAGGACUGCAAUAUGUAAAUUAUUAGAGCGCAUAUCGGCACUAAUGCCUAAAGUUAUUGUAAUUUAAAACCAAGAAUUAAAUAAAUAAUUGAUUAGCCUACCAAAAUAUCUCCCACCCCGUCCACCAAAAAAUCUCUAUCCUAAUCUAAAUGCUACGAAGCUCGCUAUACGCACAUUGGUUACAUCAAUUACUUCCUAAAAUUACUUAAUAUUUUCUGGAAAUCUUUUCAUGCUACGAUUGAUAAACUUUACAUUUAUCAGAACGUUCAUUUGGUUGUAGGUUUAGGAGUUGAAAAUAAAAGUUGUUAUCAGGAUGUUAAAUUUAAAUAUAAUUUUUCAUAAGCCCAAUCACUGCUGUUAUUUUGUCGUAGUAUGUAAAUGCAGGAAACAAGUUUUUGACGAAGAAAGUGCAAUUGUUUACAUUAUGAUAAGUUGAUGUGUUCUGAAGGAUAAAAUAUACAAAUAAAAAAGUUACGAAGCAGAGAAUGCUGACCUAUUAAAUUAUCUAUCUUUUUGACUACACAA